AUGUCUCGAACCUUACAAAGAAGUUCUGCACUUCUCAACAAAGAGGAGAUUGCUUCUCCACUGGAUUUGGCUAAGGAAUCAAAUCUUCCUAAGGUCGAACACGAUUUGAAGACCAAACCACGUGCUGCUAUUCUGAAGAACCCGUUCUUGUCAGACCACAAGAUCGAAAAUGACCCCACAUACAAGAUGUCUGGAGUAUUGCAGGGUAUUGGCCAAACACUCAUCAGACUCUUCAACAUUGAUAUGGACAAGUCCCGUGCGGGACCUGUGGCGGGUUCAUACUACUUCGGUGAAUGUAAAAGGCAAGGUAUGUACUAUCCUGAUGAACCGCUCUCUGAUACCGCCAAGUUCUACUACGAGACCUUAGGUCUACCCCAAAGUUUCUCGCAGUGGUUCCAGAUCACCGCUUUGCACUAUUGGAUUUUGUCGGUGAGAAUGAGAGCCAUGCCGUUUGAAUACGGUAGAAACUACCAGCAGAAGUUGGUGGACAGAAUUUUUAGAGACAUGGAGUUGAGAAUGAGCGCAGAAUUGGGUAUCAAUUCAAACAGAAUCAUUGAAGGCUACUUGAAGGACUACCACACUCAGCUUUUGGGAUGUGUGUUGUCCUACGACGAAGGUUUAAUGACCGACGAUAUAACCUUGGCUGCUGCCAUCUGGAGAAACAUUUUCAACGGAAAUCCUAACGCAGACAUGAGACAUAUUGAGUCUAUGGUUGGAUAUGUUAGACAGCAGUUGUACGUACUCAACAAGAUGAGUGACCGAGAGUUUGGAUUCGGUAAGUUCAAGUUUGUGCCACCAGACCAGGUUGUCAAGCCUUUGACCAGAGACCAAGAGGAGAAGUUGAGACAGGCAGCAAAAGAGGAGUUUGCUACGAAGACGUUGCCAUCGCAAAGAAGUAAGCUUUCGUUGGACGAGUAA